AUGGGGAAGCUGAAGGCUUCCUCUUGCUACAGCAAAGCGGUGCAUAACCUCCUUUCUGCAGCCAGCCAGGCUGGUCCACGCCGCGCCCAGGAGACGCACCAUUCGGGCGUGGAGAGGGGGGACCGGGCAGGGGCGCGCGUGGGCAUCUCCGGGCACCGUUGUUGGGCCCGUCUUCACAGCCUGCUGUCUGUCUUCCCUUCUCAGUAUCUUCAACUCAAGAAGAAGUUGGAAGAUGAGUUCCCCGGAUGUGUGGAAGUGUGUGGCGAGGGGACACCCCAGGUCACCGGGUUCUUUGAAGUGAUGGUAGCCGGGAAGCUGAUUCAUUCCAAGAAGAGGGGUGAUGGCUACGUGGACUCGGAGAGCAAGUAUGUGAGGCUGGUGACCGCCAUCAAAACCGCCCUGGCACAGGCCUGAGGACCCCAAGGGCCAGCCCCUCUUUGCAGACGCUUCAUGAAAGGAAGGACUGAAAUGUCUCUGGACGCCUGGUCAUUCCCCGAUGUCCUGCGGCUGCUGAGUGGAGCCCCGGCCUUUGCUGUGUGUGUGUUGUGUGUGUGUGUGUGUGUGUGUGUGUGUGUGUGUGUGUGUCCGAGGGUCUAGCCUGCAUGCUGGCCCUGUCACCCCCCUGGUCCCCAUUCCUUCUCCCUGCCUCCCCCAGCCCUUCCCUACCCUGUUGCAUUUGGGUUGACCCUGCUUAAGAGGAAGCUGAGUCAAGAUGAGUGUCUGAGAUUUUGCCCAACUUUGGUGAAUGUUCUCAAGUCAAUAAACACACCUUGGGUCAACA